AUCACCCUAUCAACUUUCCCCACUUGAUAUCCCCUUCUAAAUUAAAAAUUACAACACAUAUAUAACUAAUCUAGAAGGGGCGACUAGUUUUUGUAAAAUAUUUAAUUUAAAUUUGUUUCAACAAUUAUAUAAUACCACCUUCCCCCACCCUAAAGCAGACAUUCAACACACAAAAUCAAUCAAAUUUUCUCUCUUCUAAAUUCUUGGGCACCAUGAAAUCAUGGGGUCCAAAUCAUCAACAUUAUGUUCUCUUCUUUCAAAUUACUCUCUUGCUUCUUUCAGCUUUUCUCUUCCAUUCCUCAUCUAGUCUCAAGAUCGGAGAGACAUGUGCAAAGGACAGCGAUUGCGACGCCGGGCUCCGAUGCGAGACUUGUGCAGCUAAUGGCAAUACUCGUCCCAGAUGUUCUCGAACUCAACCCAUCAUUCCUACUUCUAAGGUGAAAGGGUUGGCGUUCAACAAAUACUCAUGGCUAACGAGCCAUAAUGCAUUUGCAAUGUCAGGGUCCACAAAGUCAUCAUCGGGUAGUAUUCUACUAGCUCCUACCAAUCAAGAAGACUCUGUCACCUCCCAGCUUCGUAAUGGUGUCCGAGGGCUUAUGCUGGACAUGUAUGACUUUGAGAACAACAUCUGGUUGUGCCAUUCAUUUGGAGGCAAGUGCUUCAAUUUCACAUCAUUUCAACCAGCAAUUAAUGUUCUUAAAGAGGUCCAGAGUUUCCUGCAAGCAAACCCGACAGAAAUCGUUACAAUCAUCAUAGAGGAUUAUGUGAAAUCACCAAUGGGACUUACCAAGAUAUUCAAUUCAGCCGGGCUCAGCAAAUUCAUGUUUCCUCUAUCUCGGAUGCCUAAAAAUGGCACUGAUUGGCCUACUGUGGAUGAUAUGGUGGCAAAAAAUCAGCGGCUGUUAGUUUUCACUUCUGUGAAGUCUAAGGAGGCCUCUGAAGGGAUAGCCUAUCAGUGGAAUUAUAUGGUGGAAAAUCAAUAUGGAGAUGAAGGUAUGAUUGAUGGCUCAUGCCCAAACCGUGUUGAGUCACCACCAAUGGACACAAAAUCCGUCUCUCUGGUUCUCGUAAAUUAUUUUCCAACCAAUCCCAAUUCUACAAAAGCUUGUGCAGAGAACUCAGCUCCCUUGAUUAAAAUGAUCAACACCUGCUUCCAACAAGAUGGCAAAAGAUGGCCAAACUUCAUUGCUGUUGACUAUUACCAGAGGAGUGAUGGUGGUGGAGCUUCAGAGGCAGUUGAUGAAGCCAACGGUCACUUAACCUGUGGAUGUGACAAUAUCGCCUAUUGCAAGGAAAAUGGAACCUUUGGCUCGUGCAACGUUCCAAAACUUGCACCUCCUCCGCCAGCUGCAUUAUCAACAUCCUCCGAAGAUGGGAGUUCAUCUACUCAAUCUAAUCACGCUAAUAAGGAACACCAUAAGGUCCUACGACGUUGGUUGUAUGGGUCAUUGCUUGCAUCGACAAUCUUAUUAGUUUUGUAAGAUGUCAUCUGGGUAUUGUUUGUAUUCUCACUUGUUCGCCUCAGUACAAUCAGCCGCAUAUUGGGAUGAUGGUUGAUGAGGGUAUUCUUACCAAUUUUUCUUGUGUUAAAAUAUGUAUGUUAUUUAUACAUGGUUAUGGAACUAUAUAUUAGAUCGGUUUUAUUCCAUCUUGAUUCAUGAGCAGAAUAGUUAAAUGGACUGCCAUCCUUUCUUACCUCAA